AUGACGGACCCACUCGACCUCUCGCUCGACCUGCUGCGUCGCUUGCCGCCAUCCAGAGUGGAACAGAACCUAGACUCGAUCGUCCAACUCGUCCCGUCGUAUGCUGACGAUCUCUACUCGUCCGUCGACCAGCCGCUCAAAGUCAAGCUGGACCAAUCCAAGCAAGGUGCAGGCCGAGAAUUUCUCUGUUGCGACUACAACAAGGAUGGCGAUAGCUGGAGAUCGUGGAUCUCGGAUACCUACCAUCCUCCCAUCUCGCCCAGCGCCGACGACACGGCCGACGGCGAGCCAGGGACAAAACCCAGUGCGCCAUUGAGAUCGUUGGAGCUCAAGACCAACGAUGCGUUCGAGACGUAUGCACGACUCUACUACGACAAUGCCCUUUCGAGCGUCUACCUCUGGGAUCUCGAAAGCGAUCCGAGCUCGCUUCCCGGUGCCACGGUCAGCGGCACCCAUGCCCCCUCUACUUUUGCCGGUGUCGUUCUGCUCAAGAAAACCAUCGGUCAGGACGGCGGCAACGGCAUUUCCGGCGCUUGGGACUCUAUCCACGUCUUUGAAGCAGCCGAACGAGCCAGCGGUGGUUCCAAAUCCUCCUCCUCUGCCACCGGAGUUAGCGCAAGCUACAAGCUCACCUCCACUGUCAUGCUCAGCCUCGUCCGUCGCGACGAAACCGCGGAAGAGCCCACCGACCUGAAACCCACCUCUACCAAAGUUGGCACCGUCGAGAUCGCAGGCAGUCUCACGCGUCAGUCGGAAGCCGACUAUGCUCUGCCAGACUUUGUCACGCACGUGUCCAACGUCGGCCGCAUGAUUGAGGACAUGGAGGCCAAGAUGCGCAACCAGCUGCAAGAGGUGUAUUUCGGAAAGACGCGCGAUGUCGUCAGCCACUUGCGAAGCACGCAGAGCUUAGAGAAGGAGCGCAGGGCGAGGGAUCUGCAGAAGGAGUUGAUGGGUCUCUGGAAGAAGUAG